GCCCAAGUGACUUAGCAUGGCAUGGCACGCUGAUACCCUUUGGCGCGAGGAGUUGAACUGUUGGAUAUACUUAACAUUAUUACAUUUACCGAGGAUGGAUUAUUUAUGGCGUUGCAUAAACUUUUUAUGGGAUUUAUGAGAUGCUCAUACGAUAUUGAUACUGUGCUCUGGCGUGGCGUGGUGGUUAACAUAAUUGACCAGGAUCCUGAACCCUCGUCAUCUCACCUCUGUCAUCUCACAAAUCAAAUCAUAACAUUAGUCAAUAUGUCCCGUCCACUUAAUCGCCACAUGUCCUGUCAUCGGCAGCCAUCAGGUAAAAAUGAUCUUCUCUGUCCUUCGUGGGUAUAUUCACCCACAUCAAACAUCCACAUUACCAGGGACUACGCAUGGGUUGAGGAUGACUAUAUGGCUUUCAGCAGCAUCAUCUAUCAUGGAUCCGACGAACCAUGGGAAAAUGCCCAAGAGUUCUUGACGUGGUGGCGCCGUAGAUGUUGAGGAUUAUACUUGGGCUCACGGUGUCGGCACUGUUAAACUCAAGACAAAGCGUUUGGGAAUAGAAGCUGUGUAAAGAAUCAUGGCGA